UACCCGUCUAUCGGGGCUUUCUCCUAUACACCGAGCGAGAGAUAGCGAAAAAAAGGCGAGUGAGGCAGUCAAGAACAUCGCGCAAGUUCCGCACCCAAGGAUGGCUUCGGGAGAUCUUUAUGAGGUGGAGAGAAUAGUGGACAAGCGGAAGAACAAGAAGGGCAAAUGGGAAUACCUGAUCCGGUGGAAAGGCUACGGGAGCAAAGAGGACACCUGGGAGCCCGAGCACCACCUGCUCCACUGCGAGGAGUUCAUCGACCAGUUCAACAGCCUGCAUCUGCACGCUGACCGCCGAACCACCAAACCAGCUGCCAAGUCCAGCGGGGGUAGCCCUCGGCACCUCAGCCGGCCAGGCGCCCCAGAGCACACGCGGGCUCGAGGGGACCAUCGGAAGAAAAAACGACCCUCUGUGACGGGGACUGUGGCCGGGGUCGGGGGAGGGCUUGGGCUCGGGGCCGUAGGAGGAGCAGGACUGGACUCCCAGCAUAAGCCCAGGAAGGUGUCGGCAGGGAGCAAGCCGACCGGGGACAGAGUGACCAAAACUAUGCCAUACAAGAGCGUGCCGGGAGGGCUGCAGUUCGUGCCCUCGCCGCGCAGCCCUAACGGACUACAGAACGGGGACGUGGAUCCCUUACAUUACAGGACUAAUGCCAGAGCGGCACAUGCAAUGCCUGCUGGGGAGAGGAUGGAAAGAAUGCUCGGGGAUAUGGACAUCAGCGGAGCUCCACCGCACAUGAGCAGAUUAGGAACUACUCUCGCAAAUGGAGGAUUAAAUUUGCACAGCUCAGUGAAAAGAAAGUUGGCGGAGGACAAAGGCUAUGUGUUUGACAAGAGACUUCGGUACAACGUGCGACAAAGCGACAACAACUGCCGGUUCCGUGACAUUGUAGUCAGGAAGGAAGAGGGCUUCACGCAUGUUUUGCUUUCGAGCCAAACCUCAGACAACAAUGCACUCACGCCAGAGAUAAUGAAGGAGAUGUGUCGUGCCCUGGGAAACGCGGCGGCUGACGAUAGCAAGCUGUUGCUGCUCAGUGCCGUGGGCAGCAUCUUCUGCAGCGGACUGGACCCUUCCUACCUCAUCGGACGCCUGUCCACCGACCGCCGGAAAGAGAGCAGCCGGAUCGCCGAUGCUGUGCGGGACUUUGUGAAGGCAUUCAUCCAUUUUAAAAAACCUAUUGUGGUGGCCAUCAAUGGUCCUGCCCUGGGCCUUGGGGCGUCCAUCCUGCCGCUGUGUGACAUUGUGUGGGCCAGUGAGAGAGCCUGGUUCCAGACGCCCUGCGCUGCCCUGCGCCUCACCCCCUCUGGCUGCUCUUCCUACACCUUCCCCCAGAUACUGGGGGUGGCUCUGGCAAAUGAGAUGUUGUUCUGUGGGAGGAAGCUCACAGCACAGGAAGCUUGCAGUCGUGGGCUGGUCUCCCAGGUCUUCUGGCCCACCACAUUCAACCAGGAAGUGAUGCUGCGGGUGAAAGAAAUGGCUGCCUGCAGUGCAGUGGUUCUGGAAGAGUCCAAAUGCCUGGUGCGGAGCAUCCUGCUGUCCGUUCUCGAUGACGUCAAUGAGAAGGAGUGUCAGAUGCUGAAGCAGCUGUGGUGCUCCACUAAGGGCCUGGAGGCACUCUUCAACUACCUGCAGAACAAAGGUUACGAGGCCUGAGCCAGCAGCUGCAGACCUGCAUCCCUGGAGACAGGGGCUGGUCAAGGCUUUGUGAUCCUGAGAGAGUGAGAGUGCGAGAGUGUGUGAUUGACUGUAGACCUUCCCACUGCCCUGAGAGCAAAACAAAGCCUGACCAGUCUUGAUCGUAUUUUGUUUUAUUUUUUUCUUUCAUUUUAAGGCUUGGUCAAGGUCACAACAAAAGACAGAAAGAGACAGGGAGAGAGAGAGAGAGAGAGAGAGAGAGAGAGAGAGAGAGAGAGAGAGAGAGAGAGAGAGAGAGAGAGAGAGAGAGAGAGAAAGAGAGAGAUAUGUGUUCCGACCUGUCACUGUUUCUAAUGUGUACUGUGCACGGUGUGGCUUGUUUUGGGUCUUUUGGGUUUUCUGAGUGUUGUCGCCACCGUUGUGCUUUUGCAUCAGUCCCAGAGCUUCAGUUUGGAGGAAGGUCCAGGAUCACUGAGCUACCUGUAUGAUCAUCCCGUGAGGAGAUGAGGGGUCAUGGUUUGGCGUACAUCUUACUCUCAGUGGAAGGUCAUUCAGUCAUCUAAAGGUCGUAAGGCUGGAGUAAAUCUCAGAGCACUUCUAGAACCAAGAGGAAGCAGGCUCCAUGUUUUGAAUUUAAAUGUAUUUUUUGUUGUUGUUGUUGAUUACGACAGAAGCUGAAUUUCUUCAUGUAUGAAGCCCUUUGUCAUAUUUAUUUGUUAUGCAAAAAAAUGCAAUGAAGUGUAAAACUGCUCUGGUAGCCAUGUUAGGUGGGCUCCUCCUUGAUUACUUGAUUAGCAGUCCAAUAUUUAAAUUGUGGAUUUUCAUCAGUCUAAAAUUUUGUGAUAAUGAUUUUUAAUCUCUCCAGGUGUGUAACAUCAUGUACAAAUUGUCUUAUCAUAAACCAAAGGUUGGUGACACAGGUCACAGUUGCUUUUGACAAGAAUGCAUUUCACCUUCACUGUUGUGCGGAUCGAAACUGUGACUGAACAUAAUUAUAGUUCUCUAAAAGCUUAUGCACCGUUCGCCGCAAGGGGAGGCAGUAUUGCAAACCAUACACACCACAGCAUUUUUUACAACUAUAAAAAAGUUUUUUUUUUUGGCCCACAGAAGCAACAAGAAACACGAUUAAUUAUAGCAUGAGGCCAUUUUAUUUAUAAUUUAUUUUCAGCCAACUGUAGAAUCCUGCUCAGCCACUUGGUAAGGGAGUUGUGACUUUCAGAGGUUUUCCUAUUGUAAGGAUUAAAUCCAAACAGUGUGAUGAAAACAAUUGAAUAUUAACAUUAUUUCACAAUGUUUGUGUGUGUAGCUUAGUUAACAGUCAGGAUCAUCUAUAUCUGUGCAAUGCAGCUCACACUGGUAUGUGUGUAGACAUUAGAUAUGCCCUUUGCACUAAAGGAUCAUUGAAAAGGCCACUACUAACAAAUACAACUCUGCAUAUGAAGGGUGAAUGCACCUGAGACAGAGAACACAUGCAUUUGUUUCUUUUUGUAAAAUGAUUCAAGAGCUGAAGCUGAAACUCUCAUGCAUUCAGUCAUUACUUAAAAAACAUCAUACACCACGUUUUCUGAAGGAUGAGGCGAUGAAAUAUGUGGAGUUUGCUUUUGAAAUGGUGCUCCUUAUAAUUUGUUAAGGCUAAUGAAAUAAUCACCAAAAGGAACAUGACAUGCAGUGGGCAACAGUACUCACUAGUGCUGCUGUGAUGUACCAAGAGCCACAUCAGCAUCGCAGCAUCCCAUAAACCACGUCAUCACCACCUUCAUUAUGCAGCACUUGUGGUUCUUCCUAUUCUAUUCUGUCAGAGCUGUUCAAACAGAGAUGACAGCACUGUGUUUUGGCAGUGUGGAGAGUGCACAUUUUAAGCACUGAAAUAUCCAAAGUGACAAUAAACACCACACAGGAUGGUUGUCAGAGGAGACAUUUGAGCUCAGAGAAAAGCUUGAGGGGGUGGAGAUUUUUAUUAUUUAUUUAUUGCCAGAAGAUGCUUCCUGGAGAACAGUGUGUAUAUUUGCUCUUCGUUUUAAAGCGUGUGAUUGAAUUGAAUCUUUGUGGUGUAAAUAUAAGAGAGGCAAAGGUCUAAUCAUUGUGCAUAGUUUGUAUCCAUGUGUAAAAUUAGGUCAAGUAACUAUACGUUCACUUUGGUUCAUAAGAUUGUGUAUUUUUGUAUCAAGAGAAACAUAAUGUCCUCUUCGUCCCAAAGUUAUCAGAUUGUGUCACCACACUUGUCAUCAGUUAGGGUGUCUUUGUUGUAAUGGUGGUUGUGCUGCAGAAGUAACUCUGUCUGCAUGUCAUGUCUUCAGGAUAUAUGUGUAUACAUAUAUAAAUAUAUUAUAUAUUUGUUUAUAUACAAUGGCAGAUGUAGUUUUUUUGCGAGCAUUUUUACAAUAUUGAUACUGUUUAUGGUAUGAAUCUGUACAUUUACAGUAUAGUAUAGGCUGUUAUAUCGUGUAAUUAUGCAUGUAAUAUAUUGUAGAUAAUUGUCACCGUCAAAACUUUAUAUUUCUGGUGUUUUUUUGUAUAGGCAUAGUGAGCAAUUGUAGAAAUGUUGCACAGUUUAUUUUUUUAUUUAUUUAAAGAUUUUAAACAGUGAUCCCUGUGGGGCGACAAUGCCAUAAUAUUUAACUCUCCCUGAAGCACAUUUGAGUUUCUUUUUGACUACAUAACCCCAGAUAAUUAUUUUAAGUGAAUGUGAAAGCGUUAAUAACAGCUUGUGAACUGUGUGUGAAAUGUACCUUAACAGUCUGUGUUUAACGAGCAUAGACAUUCAUCUGUCCGAUGAAGAUGAUAACUUUUUCAUAUACAAAUUGCUGGACGUACCUGUGUACAAUCACUGUAAUCUUAGAGAGGAGUGUCAUUGAUUGGUAAAUGUAUGCUGUCAUACUACAUACAUUUAAAAAACAAAACAAACAUUGCCAAAUCUGUCAUCCAUUUGUCUGACCCAUGGAAGAUAUGCAGUGUACAGUUUAAAAUGUAUGUAAUCAUUAUUGACAACCUGUAGCGAUAUGGAAAAAAAUGAAUUUGUCUGGCAAGAGAUUCCAUCAUGAGAAACUUCUGAUUUUGUCCUCUUAACCUUGAGUGUCAUUAAUGAAAUCCUGGAUAAUAUCAAACAUCAUUUCAUACCAUCACACUAACGACUGAUGUUGUAUGAAAUUAUUGGAGAACAACAAUGUCAACAAGAAGUAAAGAGACAUACUGUUUUGAUUGUACCUCUGUAAGACAGCACAUAUAAAAGUUCAAAACUGACAAAGAAUCCCAUCUAUUUACUUGACUGGGGGAAAAUCUUUAUUCUUCUGGUGUUUUGGUUGAUUUUAGUUGUUGUUUAAUGUGUCAAUCUUGUGUUGAAAUAUUUCCUCUGUAUUAUUUAAAACAGAAUUAAUUUCAUGUAUUGCAUUUGGAUAAUUUAUUGCAUGCCAACCUUUCUUAUAAUGCUUUUAUGAAUUUGUUAAAUUCCCUUCAAGAAUCUUUUGAUGUACCCCUGGCAACACCAGGGGAGAACAGUUCCUACAACACAAUGUAGUUGAGUUCAAAUUUUCUGGGUGCCUUAGAAGUCGUUUCCUGUAGGAUCUGUAAAACACUGUCUUCACAUUAGUUUUGAGAGAUGGUUGCAUUGAGAGAAUAAAAA